GAGAGAGUUUAUAUGUCGAAAAAUUAAAUCCGGUUUAGAACAUGUUUUCCGGUUUGGCUCUGAUUUGGUUCGUUGAAACGAGCGUAAUUGGGAUACUCCUGCUUUGAAAGACACAAAAUUUGGUGGACAAAAUCCGAGUGAGUUACGAGUAAAGUGCAAGAAAAUGGCGGCAAAGCGAGGGAGAAACCGGUCUCCGUCUCCGGACCCGGAAGGGAUGUUCGCCGGAAUGGUAGUUUUUAUGGUUGAAAUCGGAGUCCAGCGUCGUCGAUUUCAGAUAUGGAAGCAGAAACUGGUUCAAAUGGGUGCAGUGAUCGAAAAAGAUCGGGUAACGAAGAAAGUCACUCAUGUUCUUGCCAUGAAUCUGGAUGCUCUUCUCGACAAAUUUGGGAAAGAACGUCUCUCGCAUUUUAGAGGACGCCUUAUGCUUUACCAGUGGUUAGAAGAUAGCCUAACUGCAGGAGAAAAGGCAAAUGAAGACUUGUAUGCCCUCAAUAUUGACUCAGAAGAAGUUGAAGAGCCGAACAAGUCUUUGCCUGCAAUAAGUGGUAGUGAGGAUCUACCAUCACCUCAUAAACGAACUAGAUAUCUUCCUGAUGCUGCUGACUUCAAAGGCGUAGAAAGUCAAAGCAAUACACAAGGAUCACUGGAUUCACCAACAAGUUGCAGUGUUCCCUCUACUAGUGCCAGUCCUGGAGAUGGCAUUGCAGAGACUCCCACUAGUCCACAAUCAGAGUCCACAUCGGUGUACAAACCACCCGAUUUGAACAGAAAUAUCACUGAGAUAUUUGGAAAGCUAAUAAACAUAUAUAGAGCUUUGGGUGAAGAUAGACGGUCCUUUAGCUAUUACAAAGCUAUCCCUGUCAUUGAAAAGUUCCCCACUAAGAUUGAAAGCAUUGAUCAGCUCAAACACCUCCCUGGAAUUGGAAAGUCAAUGAGAGAUCAUAUUCAAGAGAUUGUGACAACAGGGAAGUUGUCCAAGCUUGAACAUUUUGAAACAGAUGAGAAGGUUCGUACAAUCAGUUUGUUCGGGGAAGUUUGGGGUAUCGGUCCUGCAACUGCACUCAAGCUAUAUGAUAAAGGACAUCGCACACUAGAAGACUUGAAGAAUGAGGAUUCACUAACGCAUGCACAGAGGUUGGGGUUGAAAUAUUUUGAUGAUAUCAGAACAAGAAUUCUACGUCACGAGGUGCAAGAGAUGGAACAACUUCUACAGAGAGUCGGCGAAGAAACUUUGCCUGGUGUGAAUAUUGUAUGUGGAGGAUCAUAUAGACGUGGGAAAGCUACUUGUGGAGAUCUGGAUAUCGUUAUAACACAUCCUGAUGGACAAAGUCACAAGGGAUUUUUGACAAAGUUUGUAAAGCGUUUAAAAGAAAUAAACUUUUUAAGAGAGGAUCUCAUCUUCAGCACCCACAGUGAAGAGGGUACUGAUUCAGGCGUUGACACGUAUUUUGGCCUGUGCACUUAUCCUGGUCAGGAGCUACGGCGCCGUAUCGAUUUUAAGGUCUAUCCAAGGGAUAUCUAUGCAUUUGGACUCAUAGCCUGGACAGGGAACGACGUGUUGAACAGAAGGCUGAGAUUGCUAGCAGAAUCCAAAGGAUAUCGACUUGACGACACUGGACUAUUCCCAGCUACUCACAGUUCUAGUGGUAACCGGGGUGCUAGAGGAACUGCAAGUCUGAAACUCUCAACGGAGAAACAAGUUUUUGAUUUCUUAGGAUUUCCUUGGCUCGAGCCACAAGAGAGGAAUCUCUAAGGCAUCACCAAAGGAGAAAGGAACAAAUCUUUUUUUGUUUGCUCGUUUUGAAUAGGUUCUGUAACUAAUCGGUUAUUUUUGUAGUUGCAUAUAUCUCCCUAGACAACUGAAUUAGAUGUUAUGAUGUAGUGCAAUGUACUGGAUUAGAAACCAUUGCAUAUCCAAAGGUUGGUUACUCACAAAGCCUAUGGCAUCUCAGAUUUUAAUAAUAUAUAAAUGAUAAUUAAGUACACGUGUCAUAAGAUACUUGGUUGAAGGUGUGGAAAUAAGAGUAUCAAAGUCCCACAUCGAAGACCCAGCGGAAAAACAACUUGUUUAUAUAUGGACACAGAAGAUAGAUGGUCACGACCUUACUUGAACAGGAUCUGUUCUAUAGGCUCGUACCUCUGUUUCCUUGAUUUCUAAGGAGACAGGCCCUUAACCCUGGUUGAUGAACCAUGACCGUGCGAUCAGAGCGUGAUUAACGGCUACGAUCGUCUUCGGACGCAUCCGAUGCUGUAGAGGAUCGUUACUCGGCUCGGUCUUCCUUGCCGGGGUGGUCGCACGGCGGUCUGACAGGUUCCUUU